GGCGCCCUGUGUGGCCGCGGCCAUGAAGACGCAGCCGCCGGGCUAGGCCCGGGGCGGCUCCAGCCCAGGGCGGCCCCCGGAGGGCUGGGCCUGGCCCCCGGCUCCGGCUCCGGCUUCGGGGCCGGCGGACGGCCGCCAACCAUGCCGGGCAAGCACCAGCACUUCCAGGAACCCGAGGUCGGCUGCUGCGGGAAAUACUUCCUGUUUGGCUUCAACAUUGUCUUCUGGGUGCUGGGAGCCCUGUUUCUGGCCAUUGGCCUCUGGGCCUGGGGCGAGAAGGGCGUUCUCGCCAACAUCUCGGCGCUGACAGACCUGGGAGGCCUUGACCCCGUGUGGAUCUUUGUGGUGGUUGGAGGCGUCAUGUCGGUGCUGGGCUUUGCCGGCUGCAUCGGGGCGCUCCGGGAGAACACCUUUCUGCUCAAGUUUUUCUCCGUGUUCCUCGGCCUCAUCUUCUUCUUGGAGCUGGCCACCGGGAUCCUCGCCUUCGUCUUCAAGGACUGGAUUCGUGACCAGCUCAACCUCUUCAUCAACAACAACGUCAAGGCCUACCGGGACGACAUUGACCUCCAGAACCUCAUCGACUUUGCUCAGGAAUACUGGUCUUGCUGUGGAGCCCGAGGGCCCAACGACUGGAACCUCAAUAUCUACUUCAACUGCACUGACUUGAACCCGAGCCGGGAGCGCUGCGGGGUGCCCUUCUCCUGCUGCAUCCGGGACCCUGCGGAGGACGUCCUCAACACCCAGUGUGGCUAUGAUGUCCGGCUCAAACUGGAGCUGGAGCAGCAGGGCUCCAUCUACACCAAGGGCUGCGUGGGCCAGUUUGAGAAGUGGCUGCAGGACAACCUGAUCGUUGUGGCCGGGGUCUUCGUGGGCAUCGCCCUUCUCCAGAUCUUUGGCAUCUGUCUGGCCCAGAACCUUGUGAGUGACAUCCAGGCAGUGAAAGCCAACUGGAUCAAACAUCACGAUGGCUACAAACUGCUCAAAUAAACAAAACUUUGAGACCCACUGGCUCCUGCCCACCAUCUCGGAGGUUCUGUCAGCUGCGCACCUCUGCAGAGCUCUCCAUCUGGGGCCCCUGGCCCAAACCCACCCUGCCGAUGUGUUUUCUUUAGCCUGGUUAAUUUAUACAUUUGAGCCAACCUUUAAAAAAACGGUCAAUUUCGCAUAAAAGUCCAGAUCCUCAGCAUCUCAUGAGUGAAAACCUGGAGCCACUGACUCCUAAGUGGUAACAUUCCCUGGAACCCUGAGCCCCUGUCCAGCCCUUGCAGGCAUCCCCAGUCUUGAGGGGCGUCCCCUGCAAACAGCUGGAGAGGGUGCAGCCUGGGAGGAGCCCAGCCCUGCUGGGGGCUGAGAUGGGUGCCCAGGGGAGAUGCCGAGGGGUGGGAUGGGACUCAGGAAGAGUUUGCAAAGGAGGUAGCUGGAAAGAAAUCAUCCCUGGGACCUGCAGAGCUGCCUUGUCCCGCCAGAGGGCGCCCCAGCACAGUGUUCCCUGGGUCUUGCCUCUUUGCUCUGGCAACCUCAACCCAGUCGAGCCCAGUGUGCCCACCCUGCUUACUAGCGCUUCAGGGCUCUGGGAAUUUGAAAGCAUCUAAAGGAGCAAACUGGCUCCAACUUGGGAAGUCUGACUGCUGCUCUCGUCUCUGCCUGUUCCCAGCUGCAUGACUAGGUGUGUGGGGUGUCCCUGCCCCAACCCUCCCCAGGCUGCUCUUUGUGGAUAAAAGGAGGGUGUGGUGCAAGUGCAGAGGUCUUAAAUUUAGAGUCCACAGGGCCAGGUAAGUUACAUAGAUAAAGGAAGCAGGCCUGUGAGUUCCUAGGCCCUUGCAGUGCAAUUGAGACUUGCCCUUUGUUAAUAGAGAAUGGGCACAGGGAGAUAAUGCCGUGUGAUAAGUACAUUUGCACAGUCAAAUUGAUAACGGCAACUGGCUUUUGGAGACGAUGGUGGGGGGGUUGUGACUAUGGCAAACAAGCAGGGAUCCCCAUCUAAAGGUGGCAGCUGCCAUUUGGCCGUAGUUCAUUGCCAGAGUGGGGAAAUGUGGGCCUAAUGCCAGAAAAUCUGGAGAAACCAGAAAUUCAGAUUUUUAUGUGAAAUUGUCCUGAUUUUUAAAUGUUGGCAAUAAAUUAAAAAACACACAAGUUGCAAGCCAAAGAAAACAUGGGGGCAAGUUAUGCCCCUGUAUCACCGUGGAUCCCUCGGACAGCCCCCCACCAGGGCCCUGCUGGUCUGCCCUCAAAAUGUGCUGGGGCUGUGGCAGGGGGCAGUGCGUGGGCACCCAGAUUUGCGGUUCCCUGGAGUGGGCUGGAAGGUGUCCUGGGAUCAGGUGCUGGGGUGGGUUUCUAUGGUAUAAUAAAGGCAGCUCGUGAAUCUAGCACUUUCUA